GUCACGGAGACUAGAGACUGAUGCUCAUAGACAUGCUCAGCAGAGGUUGGAUGAAAAUGAUGAUGAAAGGUCUCAACGACAGGAGGCUGAUGCUCAGAGACAUGCUCAGCAGAGGGUCGAUGAAAAUGAUGAUGAUAGGUCACGCAGACAGGAGGCUGAUGCACAAAGACAUGCACAGCAGAGGGUGGAUGAAAAUGUUGAGGAAAGGUCACAAAGACAGGAAAUUGAUGCACAGAGACAUGAUAAUAGAAGACGCCAAGCCAAGGAAAUGAAUUAUCAGAUUGCGUUAAUUGAUAAAGGAAAUGAAAUUAAUGUUCCUGUUCACAGAUUGGGGAAAAUGUGUAUUAAAUGCAAAUUUUGUAAAUCAUUGAAUUUUGAGUGUGAAAAGCCCAAGGAUGGAAAAUUUACAUAUUGCUGUCAAAAGGGCAAGGUUAUAUUAAAGCCAAUAGAUUUGCCUGAUUUUCUUAGGAAAUUAUACAUGGGAAAUGAUAGAUUAUCAAAGAAUUUCAUGGAUAAUAUACGAUCAUAUAAUAGCGCGUUAGCUAUGGCUUCAAUGGGCGCACCAAGCAAUAGGAAUCCAAUGGAUGUUGUGAACCAUGCUCCUUAUUGCUUAAAGAUUCAUGGUCAAUAUCAUCAUUUGACAUCUACGGCAAUGCGCCCAGGAGAUGGGCAAGCCCCACGUUAUGCACAACUUUAUUUUCUGGAUACAGAAGAAGCUGUUAAUUACAGAAUGAAUAACGAAGCCAAUCAGGGGUGUGAUCAAGAACUAAUGAAAGAUCUGUCGGUAUUCAUGGUCAAAAACAAUGAACUUGCAAAAACAUUUAGGAUGAUGCGUGAGGUAGAAAGAGAUCUGAAUCCGAGAGGCACAGAGGUUCCAAACUUAAUGUUGUGCUUUAGAAAUGAUCCAAAACUAGAUCAAAGAAGAUAUAAUGCUCCACGAGCUAAUGAAAUAGCAGUUGUUUUUCAGAAUGUAGAUG